UUUCUGUUCUCACACACUGCAGCUCAGGAUAGUCACAGGAGAGCCAGCGAGCUUUGGACUGGGUUAAUGUGCUUUGGUUAUAGCCUCAAGCUUUCCCGGUUGACUAUGAACUCAGCCACCAUCAAUGAAGAACCACAAUACGACAUUCCACUGGGGAACUACAACAGCCUGUCCACACCUUUUUCAAAGGUCAUUGACCCCUGAGAAAGAAUUGAACCAGUCUGACUUCUGUUUGUCAAUGACACUGAAAUUUAAUAUAUCGGAUGAACACUUUUAUCAAGUGAGGAGAUGGCCAAGGUAUACAGACUCUAUGUGGGAAUAGUGAUAGCUCUGGCCUUAUGCAAAUACUGCCUGGCAGAGUGGAAUGCCACAGAUGGGCCUUCCAAUGGAACUGUGUCCCACUGUCAUCGCCAUGGCAACAGAGACAAUUGCACAGACACAUUAGAUACUGGACAGUCGAAUGACCACUUCUCAAACUGUCCUGAGGAACUUACACAUUACUGCGUCCAUGGGGAGUGUCGUUACAUUAAGGAACAGAAGGCACCGUCCUGCAGGUGUCAGCGUGGUUACGUUGGUUCCAGGUGUGAAUACGUGGACCUGGACUGGCAGAUAGGAGAGAAACGAGAAGUCAUAAUUGCCUGUGUCAUCGCAGGGCUUGUGUUAUUAAUUCUCGUCAUUGUUUUGAUCUGCAUCUGUUCACAUUGCAGGAGGAGAUUACGGAGGGAAAGACGAAGGGAGGGACCAAGGAAUGGGACAGAGAAGCUCGACAUGAUGGACAGCAGUGCAGCAAACUCAAUCUUAAAACCAGACUCAGCAGAGCAACCGCUUACCAAUUCUGUAUGAGAUCCUAGUUGAGGCACAUUCGUAUCCACGUGUCUGGUGAUCGUUUAUACAUAAAAGACAGCUGCUGUGAGCUAUUGGAGGUUCAUGGACGGUACUGAGGCCUUGAAUGAAGGACAUUUAUGGAUAAAGUGUGUUUGUUGCUGCACUAAAUGGACGUUCGUGCCCUUGUCUUGUCUUCAAAAAAGCUGGAGAACAAAGAAGAUGCCUUCCAGGAUUAAUGAUAAAUAUCAGUGGGAGAGCUGUGUUUAGCUGCUGCUUUUUCCAGUGCUGUGGAGGAACAGGCUCAUGUACCCUUUGACUAAAUGCUGCUGGGCUGCACUGCACUAAAUAAACUGUUGCUAUGUUGGAAAAAGCUGUGACACCAGUUGGCAGGCGGUGAUAACAGUUGAUCCGGUUGACCAGAUAGUGGCCUGCGUGGGCGACACAUGGGCACUAAAACAUGAAAGGAAAAGGACUGUAUGAAGAUACUGCACUCCAUGAACUCCAGGGAACUCUUGUCAUGUGAAUAAACCAUUAGAUGUAUAAAAAUGCACAAUCUUGCAAGUACUGUCAGCUGCUUUUUUUUUUUUUUUUUUAAUAGCUUUGUGUCAUUUUGUAUUGUUCCUAUUUGUUUACUGCUGGUUUUGCUUUGGUGUCAUGUCACAUAAUCAGAUUCAAGUCUAGCUACCAGUAAAUCAGCAGUUAGCAUCACUUAGUCUGCAGUCACCAGAACUUAAGUCACAUAGAAUAUUGUUACUCAGAAACAUUAGCAAUGCAAGAAAAGCCGUGUGUGUGUGUGUGUGUGUGUGUGUGUGUGUGUGUGUGUGUGUGUGUGUGUGUGUGUGUGUGUGUGUGUGUGUGUGUGUGUGUGUGUACACACAUAUACAUACACAGUUCUGGAUUCUCCUGGCUUGGAAGCAGACAAGGAGAACUUGUGCUGAAGGCUUUUUUGAUCUGUAUAUUUGGAGCUGAGCAGCCUCCGAGCUACAGAGGCUGAACAGCUGAGCCUGUGUGUGGAGGCUCGGCUUAAGUAAAAGUGCUCCACUGUAUGAGACAGUUUCCA